GGGGCUCCUCCCCUUUCCGCCGGCGGCGCCGGCGGCAGCAGAACUUCCGGGUCAGCGCGGAGGCGGGGCGGAGGCGCCGCGGCGGCUGUUAUUGUUCGGCUGGGCUCGGUCGGGCGCUGUCUCCUUCGGCUCUGCGGGUGUCAGUUCGUCCGGCUUCCUCACAGCCCCUCACUCCCGGCGGCUGACAGCAGCAGCGGCGGCGGCGGGCGGCGCCUGGCUUUUCGUGGCUGACUGGCACCGGGGUUAGGGGCGCGGAGGAGGAGCAGUAGCGGGAGGAGGAGCCGUGUGCCCUGGCACUGAGCGGCCGCGGCCAUGGCGUACGCCUAUCUCUUCAAGUACAUCAUAAUCGGCGACACAGGUGUUGGUAAAUCAUGCUUAUUGCUACAGUUUACAGACAAGAGGUUUCAGCCAGUGCAUGACCUUACUAUUGGUGUAGAGUUCGGUGCUCGAAUGAUAACUAUUGAUGGGAAACAGAUAAAACUUCAGAUAUGGGAUACGGCAGGGCAAGAAUCCUUUCGUUCCAUCACAAGGUCGUAUUACAGAGGUGCAGCAGGAGCUUUACUAGUUUACGAUAUUACACGGAGAGAUACAUUCAACCACUUGACAACCUGGUUAGAAGAUGCCCGCCAGCAUUCCAAUUCCAACAUGGUCAUUAUGCUUAUUGGAAAUAAAAGUGAUUUAGAAUCUAGAAGAGAAGUAAAAAAAGAAGAAGGUGAAGCUUUUGCACGAGAACAUGGACUCAUCUUCAUGGAAACGUCUGCUAAGACUGCUUCCAAUGUAGAAGAGGCAUUUAUUAAUACAGCAAAAGAAAUUUAUGAAAAAAUUCAAGAAGGAGUCUUUGACAUUAAUAAUGAGGCAAAUGGCAUUAAAAUUGGCCCUCAGCAUGCUGCUACUAAUGCAACACAUGCAGGCAAUCAGGGAGGACAGCAGGCUGGGGGUGGCUGCUGUUGAGUCUGUUUUUACUGUCUAGCUGCCCAACGGGGCCUACUCACUUAUUCUUUCACCCCCUCUCCUCCUGCUCAGCUGAGACAUGAAACUAUUUGAAAUGGCUUUAUGUCACAGAAGACUUUAAUCCUUCAAAUUCUUGUAUAACUUUGAAUAAAUGGUUAAUGUUCACUUAAAAGACAGAUUUUGGAGAUUGUAUUCAUAUCUAUUUGCAUUUGAUUUCUAGGUCAAUUGAUGUGAUUAUUUUUGUUAAAUGUUGUCUUGUGCCCUUAACUACAAACUGAAUUGUAUUAAAACACUACAAAGUCAUCUUGAGUAUUUUAAAUCGGUUUGUGUAGUUAGGUUUCCCAACAUCUGUGGUUACCUAAUGUUUAAUAUUAUAGAACUGUCCUCAGAAACUUUGUCAAUUUUCAAGGCUAUAAGGAAACAGAAGGACUCUUUUAAUUCUGUAUUUAUCAUUUACUUUCUGUAUAUAUAGUUUAAUAACCUGCUUGGGUGUAAUUUGCCAAGCUUGAAUUCUUUAAUGCAUUUGCAUAAAUUCUAUACUGUUUAGAGCUUAAAGCUACAGAAGCAUUGUUAGGAAUUGCUUGGACACUGAAUUUUAAACUUUUUGACAUUGUUAACAAGCAUGUUCAUCUUUUCUUGUCACUAGUCCAAGAAAAAUAUGCUUAAUGUAUAUUACUAAAGGCUUUGUAUAUGUUAACCUGUUUUAAUGCCAAAAGUUUGCUUUGUCCACAAUUUCCUUAAGACCUCUUCAGAAAAGGAUUUGUUUGCCUUAAUGAAUACUGUUGGGAAAAAACACAGUAUAAUGAGUGAAAAGGGCAGAAGCAAGAAAUUCCUACAUCUUAGCGACUCCAAGAAGAAUGAGUAUCCACAUUUAGAUGGCACAUUAUGAGGACUUUAAUCUUUCCUUAAACACAAUAAUGUUUUCUUUUUUCUUUUAUUCACAUGAUUUCUAAGUAUAUUUUUCAUGCAGGACAGUUUUUCAACCUUGAUGUACAGUGACUGUGUAAAAUUUUUCUUUCAGUGGCAACCUCUAUAAUCUUUAAAAUAUGGUAAGCAUCUUGUCUGUUUUGAAGGGGAUAUGACAAUAAAUCUAUCAGAUGGAAAAUCCUGUUACAAAGUAGAAAAGCUUUAGUAAUUUACUCAGUGUGGUGGUUUUAUCCUUUUUUUCUUUUUCUCCCUUGGUCUAUAAUGAAAUUGUUAUAGCAGUGCAAAAUAAAAUCCUAUGUAUAAAA